GCGCGCACCGCUGCCUGCCGCCGCCGCCACCGCCGCUGCUCGCGCCGGGCGCUGCUGCUCCGGAGUCGGGCUGCCGUCCGCCGGCUUUGUGCUUCCAGCCGGGGAUGGGAGCGACCUCUUCCUGAUCGCCAGCGGUCUCCGAAGGAAGCGAGCGCGCUCGAUCGCCCGGCGGGGCGGCGUGCAGGACCCGGGGAGGGAAUCCAUCCACGAGCCCGAGCCCCAGGUUGGGACUGUUGGAAGGCUCAUUGUACAAUAUGCUUCGGUUAAGUCUGUUACACCCGGCCUCAAUGGGAGGUCAUCUAGUAGCUCUGGUGGCUCUCUUGUUUUCUCAUGUUCACUAUAUAACCGCAGAGACAGACACAGAAACAGAAGGAAAUGGAACCGUGUGUACUGGCUCAUAUUACUGUAAGAAAGGGGUGAUUUUGCCCAUUUGGGAACCCCAAGAUCCAUCUUUUGGAGAUAAAAUUGCCAGAGCAACUGUGUAUUUUGUGGCCAUGGUCUACAUGUUUCUUGGAGUUUCUAUUAUUGCCGACCGGUUCAUGUCUUCUAUAGAGGUCAUCACAUCUCAAGAGAAAGAAAUAACCAUAAAGAAACCCAAUGGAGAGACCACCAAGACUACAGUGAGGAUCUGGAAUGAGACUGUGUCGAACCUGACCUUGAUGGCCCUGGGAUCUUCUGCUCCUGAGAUUCUCCUGUCAGUCAUUGAAGUGUGUGGCCAUAACUUCACUGCAGGGGACCUUGGUCCUAGCACCAUCGUGGGAAGCGCCGCCUUCAACAUGUUCAUCAUCAUCGCACUCUGUGUUUAUGUCGUCCCUGAUGGCGAGACAAGGAAGAUUAAGCAUUUGCGUGUGUUCUUUGUGACAGCGGCCUGGAGCAUCUUCGCCUACACCUGGCUUUAUAUCAUUCUGUCUGUCAUCUCUCCUGGUGUUGUGGAGGUCUGGGAAGGACUGCUGACUUUCUUCUUCUUCCCCAUCUGUGUCGUGUUUGCUUGGGUAGCAGACAGGCGGCUUCUCUUUUACAAGUAUGUCUACAAGCGGUAUAGGGCUGGAAAGCAAAGGGGAAUGAUUAUUGAACAUGAAGGAGAAAGGCAAUCGUCCAAAACUGAAAUCGAAAUGGAUGGUAAGGUGGUCAACUCUCAUGUUGACAGUUUCCUAGAUGGUGCUUUGGUUUUGGAAGUUGAUGAGAGGGACCAAGAUGAUGAGGAAGCGAGGCGUGAGAUGGCAAGGAUUCUGAAGGAACUUAAGCAGAAGCAUCCAGAAAAAGAAAUCGAGCAGUUAAUAGAACUAGCUAACUAUCAGGUCCUAAGUCAGCAGCAAAAAAGCCGAGCAUUUUACCGGAUUCAAGCAACUCGCCUGAUGACUGGAGCUGGCAACAUUCUGAAGAGGCAUGCGGCUGACCAGGCGAGAAAGGCUAUCAGCAUGCACGAAGUCAACGUGGACUCUUCUGAAAAUGGCCCAGUCAGCAAGGUCUUCUUUGAACACCGGACAUACCAGUGUUUAGAGAACUGUGGUACUGUGGCUCUCACCAUCGUCCGCAGCGGGGGCGACUUGAACAACACCCUGUUUGUUGACUUCAGGACAGAAGAUGGCACAGCCAACGCUGGGUCUGAUUACGAGUUCACUGAAGGGACUGUGGUCUUUAAACCAGGGGAGACGCUGAAGGAAAUCCAGGUUGGCAUCAUCGAUGAUGAUAUCUUUGAAGAAGACGAAAACUUCCUUGUGCAUCUCAGCAAUGUCAGAAUCACGUCAGACAGCACGGAAGAUGACAUACUAGAAGCCAACCAUAUUUCUGCACUUGCUUGUCUUGGGUCACCCAACACUGCCACCGUAACCAUUUUUGAUGAUGACCAUGCAGGUAUCUUUACAUUUGAGGAACCGGUGACUCAUGUGAGCGAGAGCAUUGGCAUCAUGGAGGUGAAGGUUUUGAGAACAUCUGGUGCUCGAGGAAACGUCGUCGUUCCCUAUAAAACCAUUGAAGGGACGGCCCGAGGUGGAGGGGAGGACUUUGAGGACACGUGUGGAGAGCUCGAAUUCGAGAACGAUGAAAUUAUCCAAGUAAUAUCAGUCAAGGUAAUUGAUGAUGAGGAGUAUGAGAAAAACAAGACCUUCUUCAUUGAGCUUGGAGAGCCCCGCAUGGUGGAGAUGAGUGAGAAGAAAGCCCUGUUAUUGAAUGAGUUUGGUAGCUUCACACGAGCAGAUGACUUCGACAAGCAGAUGAGCAGUAAAGAGGAGGAGGAAAGGCGCAUUGCAGAAAUGGGGCGCCCCAUCCUGGGAGAGUACAGCAAGCUGGAGGUGAUCAUUGAAGAGUCCUAUGAGUUCAAGAACACUGUGGACAAACUCAUUAAGAAGACAAACCUGGCCCUUGUGGUGGGGACAAACAGCUGGAGAGAGCAGUUUAUUGAAGCGAUCACCGUCAGCGCUGGGGAAGAUGACGAUGAAGAUGAGUGUGGCGAAGAGAGGCUGCCCUCCUGUUUUGAUUAUGUGAUGCACUUUCUCACGGUGUUCUGGAAGGUUCUGUUUGCCUUUGUCCCACCUACAGAAUACUGGAAUGGCUGGGCCUGCUUCAUUGUCUCCAUCCUCAUGAUUGGCCUGCUAACAGCCUUCAUCGGAGACCUGGCUUCCCACUUUGGCUGCACCAUUGGCCUGAAAGAUUCCGUGACAGCAGUUGUGUUUGUUGCUCUUGGAACCUCAGUACCAGACACAUUUGCCAGCAAAGUAGCAGCCACCCAGGACCAGUAUGCAGACGCAUCCAUAGGCAACGUCACUGGAAGCAAUGCAGUGAAUGUCUUCCUGGGAAUCGGCCUGGCCUGGUCCAUUGCUGCCAUCUACCAUGCGGCCAACGGGGAACAGUUCAAAGUGUCCCCUGGCACGCUAGCUUUCUCUGUCACUCUCUUCACCAUUUUUGCUUUCAUCAACGUGGGGGUGCUGCUGUACCGGCGGAGGCCAGAAAUAGGAGGUGAGCUGGGUGGGCCCCGGACUGCCAAGCUCCUCACAUCCUGCCUGUUUGUGCUCCUGUGGCUCUUGUACAUUUUCUUCUCCUCCCUGGAGGCCUACUGCCACAUAAAAGGCUUCUAAAGGAACAAUCAGAUAAAGUAAAUUUAUAUAUAUAUAUAUAUAUAUACAUAUAUAUAUACAUAAAAAUUAUGUAUAACGAACAGAGGAAACUGACAUUUGUCAUGUUCACUUAACCUGCUGAUGGAACCCAGCUUCAAGAACACACUCUGUACUAGGCCGGAAGUCAGAAACUAUCACCUCCCAUUCCCGGGGCAUCAUGGUGGUGAGCAAGGCAUGGAGGCAGGACCGUCUUUGCAGCUCAGCCUGUACGGGCUACCCUCUCUCCAAGUUCAUAAACGGUUAAGGCUUUUAUUUGUUUUCUUGUUUUGUUUUGUUCUGUUCUGUUUCCAGUUGGGGGGUGGGGAGGUGGCUGAUGGUUGUCUUUUGGGGUUUGCUUUGGUUUGGUUUGGUUUGGUUUGGUUUUGCUUUAUUCAAUUUGGAGGUCCAGGAUCCCACUUCUCUCUAUGGGAAGCAGUGAUCCACCCAAAGGUGAAUGGAUUUAGGGUCAAUAUUAAGAUCAUCAAGAUCCUCUCCUCACCAUCUCCAAACACUUUAAACAUUGCUUUGGAUUAAGGAAGGAUCUGGGCACGGAGGAAGAAAGAAGCUGUCUCCACUACAUUACCAAAUGUUAUGCUUAUCUCCGGAAUGUGAACAGUGGUUAACUGCCCUCAGGAAGAAGCAUAGGACCUGAAAUGGAGCCAGAAAGGCAAUGGUUCUUGAUUAGUCUAAGGAUAUGGUACCUGGCCCUCUUGUUCAACAGGUACAGGGUUAAUGUGCCUAGAUUCCCAGGAGUGCGCAAAACUCUUCAUCCCUUAUCUCUUUAGCUCCGAGCUGUGAUUAGCAAAACCCUAUUCCUUCCAGCCAAGAUAAUUUCCUAGGUACCCCAUUCCUGGACCUCCCCCUGUCCACCACUCAACCCCCUGCAAGCAGGAAGAUUAACCCCAUCCAAACAGCCUAUCAUUUCAGUCACUAUAUGUGUCCAGGUCCCACGUUGCUGUGCCUGGGAUUUUUCCAUCAGUUUUAUUUUCAGUGGCAUCCAUGGCCCGCACAAUCCUGUUACGGUCAUGACUGAACAUGUGCCCUCCUUCAUGUGCCUGUUUGGGAAUGUUGUCGUGAUCUCCAUUACACAGUGCAUGGAUGAAAAACAAUUAAAACAAAGCGUAUCUGUAUAUAGUAGAGUAGAGCAAAUACUGUUCUCCCAUUCAGCGAUGUUGAUUGGACAUUGAAGACAUAAGUGAAUUUUCUUUUCACCUGAGUUGUUACUUUUGAGUUGUUACUGAGUUUGAAUAUUAACAGGGAUAAAAGAAGAAAAUGGCUUAUUGUUCACGAAUCUGCACGCUCACUUCUAAGAAGCAAUAACUGUCAUGCGAGGAGAGAGUAAAGUUAUUGAGAGGAUGGCAGGCAAACCAGAAAGAUACCCAUGGAAUUUUAGCCAUGUCGAGCAUGUCAGAGGCCUCUGAGAAUCACCCAUCAAUUCAGGUAGGCCGAAGAGAAAGGCUGGGGAGAAAGGUGGAUACUUUGGAUGUGCCUGGACUUUUGGAGCCACCGUUUCCAUGCCACCCCUCCCCAAAAGUAUUUAUUGCACAUCUUCUCUGUCUGGCACAGAUGAUAGAUAGUGCUCGUUCACUUUAUUUUUUUAUGUAGGAGGCUGUUUUGAGCCCUGUUUCAUUCACCUUUCAGUCCAGACUCCCUGAAUUCAUUAGCGACUCCCGAGUGGAAAAGAAGCCAGAGCGACCAGUGAGAACUCAGAUGUCCACUGUGUAUGACUGAGAGUAAAUGACUCAAAAGGGCUGGGGCCUCCCAGGAAGAUAACACUGGGGAGUUUUUAACCCUUCAAAAGGAACGGCUCUUUCUAUUCAAAAAUACCAAAGAGCAAAGAUAAACCCAACAUUCCAAAAGUAGUGAUUCUACUAAUGAUGGGAAAUGGAAUGGCUUUGCCCACCUCUCAGAGGCUUCUCUGAGACUUCUCUGGCCCUCUGCAUUGACUCAAAGAUAGUUAAGAAAUAAAUGUUGCUGAGAUGUCUUUUCUCUUCUCUCACUCAGUGAUCAUAGCUGUUCAUUGUUUAAUAAACAUUUAGUGACUGAGUGAAUAGUUAGAUACUUGUUGCCCAUUCAAAAGGCCAGGUAAUAUACUACAACCUGGGAGCUGAACAGUGACCAAGGCAGCCCAGAUUCCUGCUCCCAGGGUUUACGUAGUGAAUGGGAUUCCUAUUCAAAGAGUAAGAAUUGGCACAACCAUACUGAGACAGUUGUAUCUUGCAAGAGAAAAAUAAUUAUGACUUUUAACACAAUCACAUUAAAAUUGCACAACAAAAGCUGUUGGCCAAAUGCUCACUUUUUUCCAUAAAGGAAUGUGAUGUUUAGCUUUGAAAAUCCUCUUUCUAGCCUUGGCCAACUUGCAGGUAUGUUCAUCUUCCUAAUGUAGACCAAGCAGGGCAAUCAUGGUGGUGACCGAAAACACUGAGAAGACCCAACUAACCUGUUUUUAUCUAUGUGGCAAUGGUACUUUUCCAUGACAGCAUGCCACAGCCCACUGACAGUGGUGACACUGGUGACUGCUCAGUGGGACACUCUUACCUAUCCUGUUUUAAUUUUUUUAACCUUAAUUUUAGAUUUUAAAAGUGAAAAGCUAGCUUAGAAAUACCAAGUAAAUAUAGUCAAAGGAUAUACGUGGUUAAAACCUUAGAAAGAUUUUGCACUGUUUUUUUUUUUUUUGUUGUUGUUUCGUUUUGGUUUUUGGUUUUUGGUCUUUUUUUUUUUAAAGACAUCUUUGGAAUGUCAAUAAUUCCGUAGUGAAUGUUCACAGAGAACUUCCCAAAAAAAUUCUUGCUGUUGGUCAGUUUCAAGUUCAAGCGUUUUGGUUUGUUUGCCUUUUCAGUCUUCAUGCUGUAAGGAAAAUAUGAUCCUGGCUGUUCAGGGUUGUUAAUUAUUAUGUGUAAAAUGAUUUCAGUUUAUUUGUUUGACUAUUUUAUUUUGUGUGUAUUGUGCACGGCUUUAGAAGGACAGGCACUCACAGUGCUGGUCCUUAGAAUUGGUACACAUUAUUGACACAGAAAAAAAAAAAUAAAGUUUCUAAUUGUUUGUGAUUUCAUCACCAGUGGCGCAGCAUAUUCUGUACUGUGGAAUGUCUCCUCUCCUCAUUGUCAUCUAUUUUAUUUUCGGUUGUUUGUCUUCAUGCUCUGAGAAAUAAAGACCAGACGGAUAUCCUUGCACAAUCAGUACCCUCCUCCAUGGAAAAGGAGAUAACCAAAAUUCAAGCUGCUGCAAAUGCCUGCCCUUUGGUUAAACAAUGUUUAAAUGCCCCAAGAGCAGCACACAGGAUUGGAAUGUUUGUUUAUCCUGUGAGGCUGUGAUACACAUUGGAUGUACCCUGUUUUCACCACUUCCUCACCUUUUCAUUUAACUCUCACUUCUUGCUUUCUGCAUCCAACAACAUGAACUCAUAAUCACUUGUCACACAGUUUUUAGCACAUAGCACAUUGCACUAAAUCUGAACAAGA